AGCCUUUCGACUUUUAUUUUGAAAUCCAAACCGGAACACCCAGGGCUGACGUUGUCUCGCCUCAUGGCGCUUUGUGACACAAGCACGGAGAAGUGACUUCUGGAAUCAGCUCGUCGACAUGGGGCCGACAGGUGAAGUGGUGAUGGGUGGUCCAACCCUCGUGUGCUCCCAGAACCGCCUGCGGUGGGAUCUGGGCGCAGAACAGAUCCUCAAGAAGGCCGACGAGCUCAUCGCCAGCACCGAGGAUGCUUACGACCGCGUCGGCGCUCUGGCCUUGGACGCCGUCACCUUCGAGAACACGCUCAAGGUGCUCGCCGACGUGGAGGUGGAGUACACGGUCCAGAGGAACGUGCUGGACUUCCCGCAGCACGUGUCUCCGAACAAGGAGGUGCGCACGGCCAGCACGGCGGCGGACAAGCAGCUGUCAGAGUUCGACGUGGAGAUGAGCAUGAGGGAAGACGUGUACCAGAGGAUCGUGGCCCUGGAGAAGAAGACUGAAACCAGCAGCCUGACUGCCGAGUCCAAGCGUUACAUGGAGCGGCUCAUCAAAUUGGGCAAGAGAAAUGGACUCCACCUGCCUAAAGAGACGCAAGAGGAGAUUAAAAGCAUCAAGAAGAAGCUGAGCAACCUGUGCAUCGACUUCAACAAGAACUUGAACGAGGACACCACCAGUCUGUCCUUCAGCAGGGAGGAACUGGGCGGACUCCCGGAGGACUUCCUGAGCUCGCUGGAGAAAGAUGGAGACAAUCUGAAGCUGACUCUAAAGUAUCCACACUACUUCCCCACCAUGAAGAAAUGCUUCGUCCCAGAAACCCGCAAGAAACUGGAGGAGGCCUUCAACUCGCGCUGCAGAGAGGAGAACUCUUUCAUCCUGAAAGAGUUGGUGGAGCUUCGAGCCCGCAAGAGUUCUCUGCUUGGUUUCAGCACCCACGCCGACUUUGUGCUGGAGAUGAACAUGGCCAAGUCUGGCAAGCAGGUGGCCGCCUUCCUAGAGGAACUGGCCCGUAAGCUUAAGUCUCUGGGUGAAGAAGAACGUGCUGUACUUCUCAAACUGAAGGAGGAAGAGUGCAAGAAGAGAGAUCUUGCCUUCAGUGGAGACCUGCACGCCUGGGAUACUCGCUACUUCAUGACCCAGGUGGAGGAGACUCAGUACGCGGUGGACCAGAACCUUUUGAAGGAGUAUUUUCCCAUGGAGGUGGUGACUCAGGGACUGUUGGACAUCUACCAGGAGCUGCUGGCUUUGACCUUUGAGCUGGUGGAUGGCGCCCCCGUGUGGCACCCAGAUGUGAAGCUCUACUCCGUGAAGGACCGCAGCUUUGGUCACGUGGUUGGCCAGUUCUACCUGGACCUCUACCCGAGGGAGGGCAAGUAUGGGCACGCCGCCUGUUUUGGCCUGCAGCCUGGCUGCUUGCUGCCAAACGGCGCUCGGCAGAUGUCGGUGGCGGCCAUGGUGGCCAACUUCAGUAAACCCACGGCCGACGCUCCGUCCUUGCUGCAGCACGACGAGGUGGAGACGUACUUCCACGAGUUUGGACACGUCAUGCAUCAGCUGUGUGCUGAGGCCGACUACGCUAUGUUCAGCGGGACUCACGUGGAGCGGGACUUUGUUGAGGCUCCGUCCCAGAUGUUGGAGAACUGGGUGUGGGAGAAGGAGCCUCUGCAGAGGAUGUCCCGCCACUACAAGACAGGAGGCGCCAUUCCCGACGAGCUGCUCGACAAACUCAUCAAGUCCCGCUUGGCCAACACGGGUCUCUUCAACCUGAGGCAGAUCGUUCUGGCUAAAGUGGACCAGGCUCUUCACACCAGAACCGGCCUGGACCCGGCAGAGGAGUACGCACGUCUCUGCCAGGAAGUCCUGGGAAUUCCUGCUUCACCAGAGACCAACAUGCCGGCGACAUUCGGCCACUUGGCGGGCGGUUACGACGCUCAGUACUACGGCUACCUGUGGAGCGAGGUCUUCUCCAUGGACAUGUUCUACGCUCGCUUCAAGCAGGAGGGAAUCAUGAAUCCCAAGGUGGGCAUGGACUACAGGAAAUGCAUCCUGCGGCCCGGCGGCUCCGUGGACGCGUCAGCCAUGUUGAAGAAGUUCCUCGGGCGCGAGCCGAGACAAGAAGCCUUCUUGCUGAGUAAAGGACUGACAGUGGACCUGGAGGCCGGCACGCCGUGUCCCUGCUGACCAAACCUGUCCUUAUGCCCCUCCCCCUUUGGGGUUUACACAACUUAGGACUGGGGAAACAUUGGUGACAUGGAAGGAAAUAAAAUGAACUGAAAGCA